UUGACACUGUUGACAGUUUUUAAUUUUCCUAACCUCAUUAACUUUCAAAUUUAUUUUACAGGAUAUAUAGUUGAUUACAGGUGAAGACAAAGAGGGUAAUUUGUGCUGGAAGCGAGGUAUUAAAAACAGAAUAAAGAUAUAGAAACACAGUUCCUAAUACUUAGGCUCCGAACUAUUUUUGCAUAAUUAGAAAUAAUGGAUACUUCAGAUAUUAAAAUUGAUUUCAAAAUUAUGAAAUAUGAUUUAAUGAGAGGCAUAUAUGAAUGUUCGCAAAGAGGAUUAUUUCAUACAGUGAAGUGGCUAUCUGAAAUAAAUUAUGCUUUGAAACAUAUAAAAUUAUUUCCUGAAGAGCUGCCUCGAUAUUCAGAAGAUUCUGAAGAGGAACUAGAAGAAUUCUUAAUUGCAAAGUCUUAUUUUGAUUUAAAAGAAUAUGACAGAUGUGCACAUUUUGUUAGAGCUUGUAAUAAACCCAAACCACGUUUUCUUUAUUUUUAUGCACGAUAUUUGUCUAUUGAAAAAAAGAAAUUGGAUAAUAUGACUGACACUAAUUGCCCUCCAGAUCCCACAAAAAAUGAGGCUUUAAAAGACUUAUGUACAGAAUUAAAAAUAGACUAUUAUGAUAAUAAAUUGGAUGGUUAUUGUUUGUACCUAUAUGGGAUUAUAUUAAAAAAAUUAGAUUUGUCAGCUCUUGCUAUUGAUGUUUUCAUUAAGGCAGUGAAAACAGAACCUAUACUGUGGUGUGCCUGGUAUGAACUUGGAAAAAUUAUACCAGACAAAAAUAAAAUAUAUUCAUCACAGCUACCAGAUCAUUGGAUUAAAUAUUUUUUUAUAGCUCAUACUUAUUUAGAACAGUUAAAUAAUGAUGAAUCUCUUCAGAUGUAUAAUAUAUUGUACUCAAUGGGUUUAGAAAAUAGUACCUAUAUAAUGUCACAAAUUGCUUUAGGACAUCACAAUCGUAGAAAGUUGGAUGAAGCAAUAAAUAUGUUUAAGAAUAUACUUGCAGUUGAUCCUUAUAGAUUGGACAAUUUGGACACUUAUUCAAAUCUUUUAUAUGUCCUGGAAUUAAAAAAAGAUCUUGCAGAUUUGGCACAUAAAGUUGUCAAUGUUGAUAAAUAUCGAGUAGAAACUUGUUGCGUAAUAGGAAACUACUAUAGUUUAAGGUCGGAUCAUGCAAAAGCUGUAUUGUAUUUUCGAAGGGCUUUAAAACUGAAUCCCCAGUUUUUAUCAGCAUGGACGUUAAUGGGGCAUGAAUUUAUGGAAAUGAAAAAUACAAAUGCUGCCAUUCAAAGUUAUAGGCAUGCUAUAGAAAUAAAUGCAAGAGACUAUAGAGCUUGGUAUGGUUUGGGGCAGACAUAUGAAAUACUUAAAAUGCCAAAUUACUGUUUACACUAUUAUAAACAAGCGCAACAGCUAAAGCCUAAUGAUAGUAGGAUGGUAAUAGCUUUAGGUGAAGCAUACGAGAAAUUAGAUAAGACUGAAAAUGCAUUAAAAUGCUAUUAUAAAGCAUGCAAUUUAGGAGACGUUGAAGGGACAGCUUUAAUAAAGUUAGCCAAGUUAUAUGACAAGUUGAAUGAAACUGAAAAUGCAGCUGCUGCGUUUACAGAAUUUUGUUUAAGGGAAGAAGAUAGAGAUAUAAAAUGUUUUGAAGAUCAAGCUGAAUUUUACAGUGCAUUGCAAUAUUUAGCAAAUUACCAUUUAAAAAAGGGUGAACUAGAUGAUGCUUAUACAUAUGCCUACAAAUGCAUGGAAUGUGAGGAGACCAAAGAACAAGGAAAAGCCCUUUUGAAGUCUAUAGCAGCUAGAAGAAUUGAACAAGAACCAGCUCAAGCCGUGGUAAUGAGUGAAACAAUGGCUAAUAUAUCAAUAGCAAAUGAAGAAGCUAGCAGUAGUAAUAUGGAUAUUGCAUUUUCUCCUAGAACUAUUUAAGUAAUGUAAGCUAUUUUUGUGUAUAAGCUGCUAAUAUACAGGCUGAUUCAAAAUUUAGUACAAAAAAUUUAGGGACGUAUUUUUGAGGUCAAAAUAAGAUCUUUUUCCCUAUAAACGUGAGUCCAAAAUAAAUUUAAAAAUUUUUCACCCUAAAUAUAGUUAUAAAAUUUGAAAAUAUGGUGUACAUUUAACUCUUCAUCAGCUCCAACAUCUUGGAAACGGUUGGUCUGAGAUUUCGACCAAGUAUACCUUUUUUGCUUAAAAUUGAUAGGGGAAUAAACACACUAAUACAAAACGUGUACAGGGUAGCAAAAAAGUUAAAAACAAUUUAAUUCAAGCGUACCCUUAUAGGUGGCGCCCUCUACAAGCAGCAUCAAAAGCAAUGAGAUAUUUAAAUUUAGCAUCCCAAAAAAACCCCGUACCACAAGUUUUAUGCAAACAUUCACAUCUAUUUGGAAAUUAUUCCUAAAAGAUCGAAAAAAAUAAAAAAUUGACACACUGUAUAUCAAAAACUAAGCGUGUUGUG